AUGACGAGAGAUCUCGGCAGAGAUACAGAAUUAGCAUAUCUCGCGGGUGAUUUUGAACAAACAUAUCCAAUCGUUCUUUUCUUCCUCGCUCUGCUGCUAGUUGCCGCAAUCAUCAAUUGGUAUUUCUCGGACGAUGAACCACCAGCGGAUAUCGACCAUGAGAGGGCUGAAAAGAAAUCUGUGAUGGGGCUUUUGUGCCCAAGUGAUGUGGACGAUAGUGUGGAAGAUCCACUUUUUGGAAAACUUUACGAGGAGAAUGUGUCUAGAAAAGCCUAUGUGGAAAAACAGCCGGGUCAAGAAACCCUUCGACACCGCAAAUCUACGAACUACACACUCGAAGACUAA